AUGGCGCGUCUCCUCGUUGGUAUCAUCUCAGCCGCUAGCGGUGUCACUAUUCUUGCCGCUAUCAUGACCGCUGCCUACAUUUACGUUGAUAUUAACAACUUCUUUGACGACACUAUGAAGGAUAUGGAGGAAUUUAAGAUCAUCGCUAAUGAUGCUUGGUCCAAAAUGAUCAUCACGAACUAUGCUAGUCAUAGAUCCCCUCGAGAGGCUUACGGCAAGAAGAGCGCUAAUGUAACCAAGGGGAGUGGAACUUGUAAAAGCUGUGGAGCACAACCCAAUAACUGUCCACCUGGACCUCCAGGGCCGCCAGGAAUUCCAGGAGAACCUGGAGUUGAUGGCGAGGAUGGACAACCUGGAACAACGCCCACUUCCGAUUACACCACUCCCGGACAAGAUGAUGGCUCAUGCAUAAUGUGUCCUGAAGGAGAGCCAGGCCCAGCUGGUCCAGACGGUCCCGAAGGGCCAGCUGCUGGCCCUGAUGGUCAGGAUGGCGCUCCUGGGGAAGCAGGUGGAGAUGGAGCACCAGGUGAAGAAGGACCAGCCGGUGAUCCUGGAAACGAUGGUGAAAUGGGAGCUGUUGGAGAGCCAGGGCCGCCAGGGAAGAAUGGGAAGCGUGGACAAGGUAAGCCCGGCCCGGCUGGAGAGCCAGGUCCAGAAGGUCCUGCAGGUAAGCCAGGUCCUGACGGAGAGGCAGGCAGUCCUGGGAUGGAUGGGGAAGCCGGAGUCGAAGGACCUGCAGGAAAUCCUGGUGAAGAUGGUGAAGAUGGAGAGGCCGGAUCACCUGGAGAGUCCGGAACGCCAGGUGAAGAUGCUCAGUAUUGUCCUUGUCCAGAUCGUACUCUUCCGUAUCCGACUGAUGAAGACAGUGCAGUGAAACAUGAACAGAAGAGCGGUUACUCUAAAUAA